GUAAUCACUGUCAAUUUCAUUGUUUCACAAAAAUGCGGUACAAACUCACCACCGUCAAAUCAAAACAAUGUAAGUAAUCUAAAAGAAAUCAAAAUUAAAAAUUGAUGUUAACGAUUGAUUUGGACAAAUUGUGCGUGAACCGGCGCGAUGUUCGCUUCGCCCGCUCGCUGCUGCCUGGCCGGCUGCCGGGCACACGUGAUGCCUGGCAGGAAGAGCCACUUGGUGCAGGCUGUCACUGGAUAUGGUCGCAGAGGCAAGCACGACAAGGGCUCCUGCUGCAAGGACAUAGCCCAGACCGAGGGCAAGCGCGUGGAGCCGUGGCCCAAGAGUGACCCCCCGCCGCCAGCCUGGCGCUGCGAGUGCCCCACCGAGCCGCAGCCCCCCAACUAUGACCCCUACAGGAUCAAGGUGCCGGACGUCGUCGUGCCCCCCCUGCCCCCUAGUAAUGCCAAGCCGAUGAUAGACUGCGCGAAGACCAAAGGCCCGUGCUCGCUGAAGCCGGUCCUGCCGGCGCCGCCGUGCCCCCCGCCGCCCCCCAAACCCUUCCCCUGGAUAUACGUGUGGGCAGUCGCUUCGUUCUUCGGACUCAUGGGAUUGAUCUAUAGAAUCUACUUAUGGAGAGAAGAAAUGGACAGGAUCAGCGAAAAUGUUCCUAUUUGGCGUCCCCGUCGCAAGGUGAAGCGUCCGUACCACGACAAGGACUUGCCGGCGUGCGUUCAGUACUUGAUCGUAGGCGCAGGCGCCGCCGGCUGGGCUGCCUACCGGGCCAUCAUGGAGCACGACAAGACUGCCAAGGUAUUCUUCAUCUCAAAAGAAGACUGCUUGCCGUAUCAGCGCCCGCCGCUGUCGAAGUACAUGUGGUGGAACCCGGAGCCGCCUGAUCUGAAGACCCUCAACUACAUUAAGGAUGGCAGGAGAAAAACCAUGUACGUAUCGGACUGCAGCAAGUUCAUGGAUCCCGUGAAGUUCUACCGCAAAAAGGUGGGCCCAGCCGUCUCCAUCGCGACCGGCUGGUGCGUGCUGCGAGUAGACGCUGAGAACCACAUCGCCUACAUCAAGACCAUGUGUGGCGAGCAGCCUAUGUACUAUGAGCGAUGUCUUCUAGCCCCUGGUUCGAAACCAAAGCAGCUGAGCAUAUUUAAGAACGCACCGAAGGCGGUUCGGGACCGCGUGACUACCCUCCGCACCAUCCGAGACCUGGAGAUCGCGUAUCGUAAGGUGAAGGAUUCAAAACACGUGGUGAUUAUUGGCGGGGGCACCAUUGGCUGUGAACUGGCUUGGCACUUCGGCAAAAUGAACCAAGUGGUGGAGCGCAAGGAGGACCAGCCGCCGUUGCAGGUGGUGCACAUGUUCAAAGACAAGGGAAUCCUCUCCAGCGUCCUCCCGGAGUACCUCGGCGAGUGGGCCGCCGAGAAGAUCCGUUGCGAGGGCGUCACGCUUGUGCCCAAGACCCAAGUCUACGACGCCUUCGAGUCUCCCGACGGGAGGUUGGAGCUGACGCUGUCAAAUGGAUCGUCGAUGGUCACAGAUUACGUGUUCGUGGCCGUGGGCGCCGACCCGCGCGUGGAGAUGGCUCAGCCAUCUUUCCUGGAGACCGACGACAUCAACAACGGCUUCCUCGUCAACACCGAGCUGGAGGCACGCACGCAUCUAUACGUGGCAGGGGACGCCGCGAGCUUCUACUCGCAGUGGAAAGACAGCCGGCUGCGCUUCGAGCACUACGACAACGCCGAGGAGCAAGGCUACAUCGCCGGCGCCAACAUGACGGGCUACUGGAUACCCGCCAACAUGGAGCCGCACUACUGGCUCGUCCUGGGUGACGCGCUCGAGAUGCAGGUUGUGGGUGAAUGUGGCGCGUGCAUGCCCACAGUGGGUCUCUUCAAACAGUGCACCCCCGAGGAGGCAGUUAAGAAACCGCCUAGCGGGGACGGGGACCGCCCUUGCUACAAAAAGAGCGAAGAGUACAAGAACCGGUACAAGCGUGGCCUGGUGUUCUACCUGCGGGACGAGAUCGUGGUCGGGAUGGUGUUCUGGAACAUGCCUCCCAUCGACGACAGGAAAGAAGUCGCCACAGAGUUGCUUCGGGCGCGGCCCUCGUACAAGGACAUUAAUUUGCUCGCGGAGCUGGUCGGCUUUCCGGACACCCAGUGCGUGUACGCAUCAGAAGAGGAACUCAAGGAACCCGGCCCUUGUAUCAAAAACUGGCGCGUAUUUUAAACGAUCCAAGCUAGCUACACCGGUUGUUAUUCAUUUGGAUAAAAUUACAAUAAUGUUUGUAUGUUUAAUAAAGCGUAAC